AUGAACGUUGAUAAUCCUUUUGCAGAUGAUUUGAGCUCACUCGAUGCUCUUAUGGCAGAAUUCGCCGCUGGAAAGGGAAGCAGGUCCAUUGGGGCAUCUCCUGCUGUACCAACACUCUCCACAGCUACCGUCACUAUCCCAACUACUACUAAUAUUACUAAUACUACUACUAAUACUAUUCCAACAAUUGCCGGUGCCCCGUUUGCGGGAAUGGAGGGACGUCGAGGCAGACGUAAUGUACUGCCAAUGAAAGAUUCAGCACAACAACAACAACAACAACAGCCAUUUGCAACAAGAGGAACUGCAAUGCCAAAAACGACGACAGUGGUAGAAGAUGAACCCAUGCCGUGGGAAAUAGACGAUGAGCCAUCGCCCAAUACACGAGAGCAAACACCUGCAACUGCACGCUCUGCACUUCCAAAGCCUAAUCCUAAUAUGAGAGUUCAACAAGAGACCGUUGCAGUGGAUGAUAACAACAAUAGUGAUGAUGAUCCACUUGGUUUUCUUGAAGGUCCAGUCUCCUCCAGGCGAACUGCGGCGACAGGAGAGAGAGGAAAUGGUGAUGUUAUUACUACUGCUGAUGCCAAUACGGUUUCUUCUUCUUCUUUACAAAACGUAAAGAGUGAGGAGGAGAAACGUCGGGCGGAGUACCGUGAUCUUUUAUCUUCCAUGGAUGCUGUUGAAAUGGAAAUUACACAGAUGCAAAAUACAUUAGAUACACUUCAAAUCAAGUCAGAUACGGAACUAACUGAGAUGGAAACGAAAAUAAUAGAAAAACAGAUGGAGUUUGCAAAACAAGAAGAGAAUAUAAUGGCUGAACAAGAGAAAUACGACGCCCAUCACCAGAGACGAAUACAAGAGGUACGAGACCGAACUGCAGAUCUCUUGAAACAACAGGAGGAGGUAGUGGGAGCUGCAGAGAAGGAACGGUACAAGGCACAGUUGAAAAGUCUAACUGCGGAAGCAGAAGAAAAAGAGAAUAUAAUAGAAGAAUUGUUGCAGCAACGUGAGUUACUGCUACAAAACCAUAGAUAUGAUGAGAAGGGAAUUUUUAUUGCUUUAGAAGAAGAAGAAGAAGAAAAAAAAGAAAAAGAAGAAACUAUUGCUGCUGCUACUGAUAAUAAUAAUGAUGAAGAAAAUAAAAGCACUGGUGAGGGUAGUGUUGUUAAUGGUCUUAGUAGUGUAGAAAGGAAAAUGAAUGCUGCACUUCGUAUUCUACGUCAACAUCAUAAUGAACGACUAGACUCACUUACAAAUGGAGUAGUAGAGUUUAUUCAUCAAGAGACAAGGGAAGUUGCACAGGAAACACGCAAGAAACGAGAAGUAACAUACAUGCAGGAUAUUUUAUCACGUAAAGAAGAACUUGCUGAGUUCAUGCAAGAAUUCUUACAGCGGUAUCGCGAUUUCUUCCAGUAUCGUGCAGAAGAAAAAAUACGUAACAUGACAACUGUGCGUGAAGGACUACAAAAGGCCACAGCACAGUUGCGUUUAUGUGCUAAAAAACGAUUGGAAACACGAGUAAAAGAUGUUGCAACGAAACUAGAAGAGUCUGCUCGGCGAUUUGAGAAACUCGCAACAGAAUCAUUUGAGUAUGUGCGACGCAAAGCAGCCGCAGUCUCUGAUAGUGAUGAAACCACCGCCCAGAGUCAACGUGCAGACUUGGAGAAUCGUUGUCAGGUGGAACAAGCCGUAUUAGAGAAACUGCAGCGGGCUGAAGUGGAGACAUUGCAAGAACAACUAGAGCGAUUGCGGCGAUUAAGUGAACGGGAUCGUAGUGAAAACAUUACACACGAACACGAUAGAGUGAAAGCUUUAUGUAUUGCAAAGGCAGAAUCUUGUACCUGCGUUGUGCGAGAAUUGGAGUCUGCAGUUCAGCAGCAGACACGACAGCAGAUGGCGAGAAAUAAGGCACUUCGUGUGGAGGGUGAAGGACAUCUCUUUCUCAACAACGAGGAACUCGCUCUGCGUAUGGCUGUACAGGAGAAGGAGGCUGCCGUCAACACACUUUUAGAGGAUGUGCGGAAACACCAACAGGAACUGUUUGUCACUCGUCAACGCUGUAAUGAGUUACACGCCGUUAUAUUAAAUAAAUUACAGGAAGAAGUUCAAACCGUACGACAACAGCGACUCGCACAGGAAUCACAUUUUGCAAGUGUGGAGCUUCUUCGUACCGCAUGGGGGCGAGAACAGCAAGAACUACUGCAUUGGGGAUUAGAAAUACCGCAGAUUGAUGAUAUUUCUACUACUACUACUAAUAAUAAUAGUGAUGGUGGGAACACUGUUAAUGUUGAGAGUGCACGUGCUCAUAUACCAAUAGCCACUGCUGUAGUAAAUACGAUGGAUCUUAUCGCAGAACGCAGUCAUUCACUUGUAGAGCAUCGUACACAAAUGAGAGAGCAGUGGCGUCAUCUCCAUUACUUGAUGGAAAAAGAAUACAACAACGUUUUAGCGGAGCGACGCGAAACUGAAUUAUGUUGGGUACAUCUGGUAGAAUCCUUACUGCAGUUGUUAACAGAGCAAGAGGCAGCAGGAGCGCAAGAGUGUGAAGUGACUCAAGAAAUUGCAAAACUGGAGGCGGCAAAGGAACUUCUUAAUCAUGAUAAGGAAUUGUUUUGUCGUCGUCGUGCAGAACUGGAGGAGGAUACUAUACAUCUUAAGAAGGAACUGGAAGCGAUACUCUCAGAAAGAGCUAAACAAACGGAGUUACAUCAGAAACUUGCCAAGGAGCAGAAUACACUAUUGCAGCAGCAACAACGUCUGAAUGUUGAAUCCCCUGGUUUACCCUAUUCUCUUGUUACUAACAAUGCUACUGACAAUGUGGAUAAUACUAAUAAUGCGGUGACUGUGGAUGAUGCGGAGCGGUAUGUGGUUUCCCCUCCUCAGCACGAGAAGACUGCAUCGCAUUGUUCUGUUAGCAGACUCCAGGAUGAGACGGGUAGCGAUAAUGUACUUCCCUCAUCAGAAAAACAACAACAACGAAGGAUGGAGAUAAGAAGACCCACACUUCCUCCCAAUGUGAUUUCAAAUAGUCCUAUAACAGGUACAUACACCAACUCACCUUUUAGAGACUCUACAAGUGAGAUAAAAUCCAAUGCGUAA